GGGAGGUCUGUUCUACGGUGAUGAUCAGCUAUCGCUCACUGGAGAUAUAAAUUCACACCGUAUCAUGUAUUGCAGCACCUUCCCGUUCGUUUCUCGAAACAUGUCAGGGACGCGUGACUUUGCAGUUUCGCUUGGUGAUCGCCUCUUAUAUUGUAUAAAAGACUAUCGGACAGUCUAAGCCCUGCCAGGCUCCGAGCACUGCCCUCCCACUUCAGCCAAAAUGGGAUUCAAAAAAGGGAUAUACCGCAUACAAAACGAGAUGUCCAAGGAAUACGUCACGUUGGCGAAAGCCAAAGACGAAGAAGGCACGCGUCUCGCUACAACGAACAAGGAUCCUGAAACAGAUCCAUAUACAAAGUGGAUUCUGACCCCGAUCGAGGUCGUUGGCCGAGAGGAUUACUACGCAAUUCGAACCGGCGCUGAAGGAUGCUACGUUGGACUGCCGCUCCAAACGUCCAUUCAUAAUGAGUUGAAUCAUGAGAAGCCUAGCCCUGUUAUCAUGGAUUUCAAUCCCGGUCCAUAUGACGUUGCCUUGACGAGCAAGGCUACGCACGUGUUCCACAUCUCGCAGCAUGGUGGUGUGUACCUGAUCAGCGCGCAUGACACGGGAGGCGCACAUUUGGGCUUGGGAAAGAAAGGUGACGGAGGCCACGCCCUGGCCGUGAACGAUGACACCGCCCACCAUGAGAAUCAUUGGAACAUCAGAAAGGUCUGAAGCCUUCAUCAGUAGCGAACUCAUGUAUAGCCUGCAAUCCGAUCGUGAAGGAGCAUGCCAAUUGUUCCGAGCGUAGCCUCGAAAAGAUACCAGCCGUUCCGCUAUACCAUUCGCGUUCAGUGAUGAAUGCCGGAGGCGGCUGAAAAAAGGAAC